CUCAAAGCUUUCCUGGAUACGCCUCCUCAUUAAGGCGUUACGUUACUUAUCAUGGACUCAUAUACUUAUUCAACGCUUCCUCCAGGAUCAUUUACUCGAAUAAUCCGCUUUCUGCCGCAUAGGGAAAGGAAUGCCCCAAUUGAAUGCAAACUUUUGGACUAUGACCUUUCAGAUAUAAGCAGCGGAAAACAUCUCUACGAAGCCCUUUCCUAUACAUGAGGAGAUGCUAAUCAACUCCGGUCAACAAUACUGGAUGGUCGUUCUCUUCCUGUGACCAAGAAUCUACAUACGGCACUGUCGUACCUUCGGGACCAUCAACUGGAGAAAACUCUAUGGGUUGAUGCCAUCUGCAUCAACCAGGGUGAUACGGGGGAGAAGGAGAGGCAGAUUCCGUUCAUGCGAAAUAUUUAUGCACAAGCCGAUCGCGUCAUUGUCUGGCUUGGAGCGUCGGAUGAUGGUGGCAACGCACUUGAAAUUGUUCGCAAGCAUGCAGAAAGUAAGGCGCUGAGGGGGCCAGAAUUCACUGGCCAUUUCCAACGAGCGGACUACAGUACUUGUAAGAAGCUGCUCAAGCAUGACUGGUUUCGCCGCAUAUGGGUACUCCAAGAAGUUGGUGUUGCUCGAUGUGUCACCAUUCAGUGUGGUUUGACUCAGGUCAACGGGUAUGCCUUUUGUGAGGGUCUCAGCCGACUGCAUAUGUCCUCUUUACCGCAAUACAUCCUCCCAAUUAUCCCUCUUAUCAGGGGUUCAGUUUUCCGGCCACGACAUACAGCUAUUUUACGUGGAACCCUCACAAUGGGAGAGCUGGUUGACAUGUAUCAUUCCCACUUCGCUACAGUACCUCAUGACAAGAUAUAUGCGUUGCUAGGCCUGUGUGCAGAUGAUCUCAACACACCGUGUCUGAGACUAGAUUAUCAUCUCCCAUUGGAUGAGGUCAUCACACGAGUCGGAUCAUACAUUUUUGGAGGACAAUGUACGGUGACAAUUUCGCCUGUCACCCACGCAGCGGUGAUCAAAGGCAGGGGGUGGAUCUUGGGUCAAAUAAAAUCCGUCGAAAGGAGUGCUUCGGGAUAUGACCAACAACGCAUUGGUAUUGCCUUUCAUAACAGUCCCCUGGCGCAAAGUUUCCAGAGAGAGUGGGGAAUGGAAUGGGUACUUCAGACUUCAGCAGCGUCAGUCCAGGAGGGUGAUAUUGCCUGCCUCUUACAAGGAUCCUCAAGGCCUAGCAUGGUUAGACUUUGCAAAAGCAAAAUUACCGUGAUCAUAAGCACAGCGGCACCUAAGAGAACUGCAGAAGAAGAGGAAGAAGACAUUUCCCACGUUCUCCCUGAAAAAGCGAUAUCCGACUACCAGUCGUCGCAAGAAACCGAUGCCAUAGAAGGGAACCUCAUUCUAUUCUUACGUGGGCCAUAGGUAUGGCUAGCAGCAAGGACAGUGAUGGGUCAGAUGGUUCAAUGCAGCUCGCGCCAAAGUGCCUAGAUUCAUGGGAGGGAGACGAAGAAGCCUCAAGCUGCCAGAAGCUCGU